AUCUCUUCCUCCUCUGUCUUCUUUUCCUAUCUGCUCUCUUUAUUACACUUUCAGAAGCUGUCUGUAACCUACAAGACCGAGAAUCUCUCAUGUGGUUUUCCGGCAAUGUUUCUUCUUCUGUUUCUCUUUUGAAUUGGAAUUUGUCCAUUGAUUGUUGUUCCUGGGAGGGAAUUACCUGCGAUGAUUCAUCAGAUAGUCACGUCACUAUGAUUUCCUUGCCCUUUAGAGGACUCUCUGGCACUCUCGCUUCGUCUGUUCAGAACAUUCACCGUCUCUCUCAUCUCGAUCUUUCUCAUAACCGUCUCUCGGGUCCUCUCCCACCAGGUUUUUUCUCGACCCUUGAUCAGCUCAUGGUUCUUAAUCUUAGUUACAAUAGCUUCAAUGGUGAGCUGCCACUUGAACAAGCAUUUGGAGAUGGAAGUAACAGAUUCUUCCCAGUCCAUACCAUUGAUCUGUCAAGCAAUCUCCUCCAAGGAGAAAUCCUCAGUAAUUCUAUCGCUAUCCAGGGAGCUAUCAAUUUAAUCAGUUUCAACGUUAGUAACAACAGCUUCACAGGUCCAAUCCCUUCAUUCAUGUGCAGGAGUUCACCGCAGCUCAGCAAACUGGAUUUCACUUAUAAUGAUUUUAGCGGCCAUAUCUCCCAAGAAUUAGGCAGAUGUUUGAGGCUAACUGUUCUACAAGCAGGCUUCAACAAUCUCUCUGGUGAAAUACCAAGUGAAAUCUACAAUCUUUCCGAGCUCGAGCAACUCUUUCUGCCAGCCAAUCAGCUUACCGGAAAAAUCGAUAAUAACAUCACCCAGCUCAGGAAACUAACGUUGCUUGAGCUUUACUCCAACCACCUUGAAGGAGAAAUACCAAUGGACAUAGGUAACCUCUCCAGCCUGCGUAGCCUUCAACUCCAUAUCAAUAACAUCACCGGUACAGUCCCGCUUUCUCUUGCAAAUUGUACUAACCUCGUCAAGUUGAAUUUGAGGGUCAAUCGGCUGGGAGGAAGCUUAACAGAGCUCGAGUUUUCCCAGUUGCAGAGUCUUAGGGUUCUUGAUCUCGGCAACAAUAGCUUCACAGGUAAUCUCCCUGAUAAUAUUUUCUCCUGCAAAUCGCUCACGGCGAUCAGAUUUGCAGGCAACAAGUUAACGGGACAGAUGUCUCCUCAAGUGUUGGGACUUGAGUCCCUGUCGUUCAUGUCUUUGUCAGACAAUAAACUGACGAACAUUACAGGGGCUCUCAGCAUUCUACAGGGCUGCAGGAAGUUGUCCACUCUAAUCAUGGCAAAGAAUUUCUACGAUGAAACAGUUCCAAGCAAAGAAGACUUUCUUGCCCCAGAUGGAUUCCCCAAACUCCGCAUAUUUGGCGUAGGUGCAUGUAGAUUGAAAGGUGAAAUACCAGCUUGGCUGAUCAAUCUCAAGAAGGUAGAAGUUAUGGAUCUGUCAAUGAACCAAUUCGUGGGGUCAAUUCCCGGUUGGUUAGGAACUCUUCCAGUCCUUUUCUACUUGGAUAUUUCAGAUAACCUACUUACAGGAGAGCUGCCAAAGGAGAUCUUUCAACUAAGGGCCCUGAUGUCCCAAAAGGCCUACGACGCAACAGAAAAGAACUAUCUAGAGCUGCCUGUUUUUCUCAAGCCCACUAAUGUUACCACCAAUCAGCAAUACAAUCAGCUGUCCAGUUUCCCACCUACGAUUUACAUGAGAAGGAAUAACCUGACAGGGAGUAUACCAGUCGAGGUUGGCCAGUUAAAGGUUCUUCAUAUCCUCGAGCUUCAUAGUAACAAUUUAUCUGGCAGCAUCCCAUAUGAACUGUCAAACCUCACCAACAUAGAGAAGAUGGACCUCUCCAACAACUAUUUAUCCGGUAGAAUCCCUUGGUCGUUAACAAGCCUCAGUUUCAUGUCUUAUUUCAACGUGGCGAACAACAGUCUGGAAGGGCCAAUUCCCAGAGGAGGUCAGUUUGAUACAUUUCCAAAAGCAUAUUUUGAAGGAAACCCCUUGUUGUGCGGUGGUGUACUGCUGACUUCUUGCACACCUGAUACAACCACGGGAAACGAUGAGUUAAACAGAACAUUUCUUGUGGGGAUUGCCAUUGGAUACUUUAUUAGCUUUAUUUCCAUCUUAGUGGUGCGUGCCUGGUGGGUUUAAUGUAAAUCAUAUGUUUUAUCUGGGCUUAGUGGAAACUAGCACUCUAUUGUCAAAUAUUUCAAUUCUUUUGUACAAAAAGAAAAACAGGCACUGUUG